GAUUCCGAGUCAUAUUUUACACAUUCAUUGCUAGUCACAUGAUGAAAGGCGUCAUCACAUGACAAGCAAAAUGGCUGCUGUCGAGUGGAGGUGGAGACUGUCUUUUCUGUUGUUUUGCUCUCUUUACUGUUUGAUGUCAAUACCUCAGUCGUCUCAGGCACAGAACAGAACAUUUGAAAUUGACUACCUGGGGAACACUUUUGUUAAAGAUGGCAAGAGUUUUCGUUAUAUAUCGGGGAGUAUUCAUUACAUGAGGGUUCCUAAAGAAUACUGGAAAGAUAGGCUGAUGAAGAUGUAUGCAGCAGGGCUGGAUGCUGUUCAGUUUUACAUCCCAUGGAACUUCCAUGAACCAGAGAAAGGCCAGUAUGACUUUGAUGGACAGAAAGAUUUCGUACAAUUUAUAAAGACGGCACAGGAAGUGGGUUUACUGGUUCUUCUUCGAGCAGGUCCAUACAUCUGUGGAGAGUGGGACUUUGGAGGAUUCCCAGCAUGGCUUCUGAAGGAAGAUCCAAUGAUGGUGUUCAGAAAAAUGGAACCAACUUAUAUCAAAUAUGUGGACAUCUGGAUGGACAAAUUGCUGCCAAUGCUGACUCCUCUUCUGUAUGAAAAUGGGGGACCGGUGCUGAUGGUGCAGAUUGAGAAUGAGUAUGGUAGUUACUUUGCGUGUGACCAUGACUAUAUGGCCCACCUGUUUAUCAAGGCCAGGAAGAUUCUGGGGCCCAGGGCCAUAAUUUAUACCACAGAUGGGGACCUACAGUCCAACUUUGAAUGUGGCCCUACCCCCGGGGCCUACGCCACAACAGAUUUUGGGGUCACUCUUUUCUUCAAUCCUCAGAAGGCAUUUCAACCACAGAGGGACUAUGAACCAUUUGGGCCUUUAGUUAAUUCUGAGUUUUACCCUGGCUGGCUGGAUCACUGGGGGUACCCCCACUCUACGGUCAAUCUGGACAUCUUCUCUAAGGCUCUGGACAUGCUGCUUGAUUAUGGCGCCAAUGUCAACAUGUACAUGUUUGAAGGAGGAACAAACUUCGGCUUCUGGAAUGGUGCAGAUUAUGAUGCAAGUUCAAAUGCAAAGAAGUUAAUAAAUUCAGGAGCAAAUUACGCCCCCUUCCAAGCUGUACCUACGAGUUAUGAUUACGAUGCACCAAUGUCAGAGGCAGGGGACAUAACUGAUAAAUACAUUGCCAUUAGGCAGGUUAUUUCCAAGUAUAAGCAACUUCCAGAUAUGCCAAUUCCACAAAACACUACAAAAACAGCAUACGGAAAAGUGGAGAUGAGCUUUAUGGCCACUUAUCAGGAUGCUCUGGAGACCCUUUGUCCAAAAGGACCAAUCAAAUCACAGUAUCCACUUACAAUGGAGGCAAUAAGUCAGUAUCAAGGCUUUGUGUUAUACAGACACACUCUUCUGGGGGACACUCCUUCUGAACCCAAAACACUGGACCUUUCUGGGGUUCGGGACCGGGCCUAUCUCAUGAUAAAUCAGGUACCCCAAGGUGUGUUUGAUCGUAAUGGACAGCAGACAAUAAAUAUAACCCUGAAGGUGAAUCAAACCAUAGACAUCCUGGUGGAGAACAUGGGCCAUAUUGGAUUUGGAUCAGAGAUGAACAAUAAUUCCAAGGGUCUGAUCAAGAAUGUAACAUUUGGUGGUUCUCUGUUAACUGGAUGGCUUAUUUAUCCACUGACCAUUGAGAACUUCAAACCAGCAAGUCUGACUGGGAUUUAUAGGGACAAACCUUUUGUGAAUGGUAACCUGACUACACCCUCCUUCUACGUGGGUAAACUACACAUUCCAAAGACCCCCACAGACACCUAUCUAGACAUGAGUAACUGGGGCAAGGGUCAGCAUUUAAUUAUGUCCUCCUCCAUGUUCAAUGUUGGGCGAUACUGGCCCUACGUGGGGCCUCAAGUCCGACUCUACGUACCAAAGCCAUUCCUAGCCCCUCCCCCCACCAUUAACUAUGUCAUUAUGUUUGAACUGGAGCAUGCUCCGUGUGAUAGUCCAGAUAAAUGUACUGUAGAAUUCGUAGAUCAACCUUUAAUUAAUGCCACCCCUCAUAAACCAAACUUUCAACGAGAAGAGACCACGUUUUCCAGGAAGAAGAUAUCUGUGUUAUAGGGAUGUAAAUGAAAAAUGAUAGAAGGAGGUGCUUGAAAAAGAGGAAUUUUUGUUUUCUUUACUAACCAGUGGACAUUUUUGGAGUAUAAUAAUUUGAGUUAGCAGGAGCUGGUAUGGUGCAGUAUGAGAAGGGGACCAGGACUUAAUCCCCAUAACUGAAUCUAUUUAUUUUUUCUCAGCUUUUAGCAAUAUACAUGUAUAACAUAUACUGAUUGAUGCCCCCAACUAACCUCCUCCACCCCCAUGAAUGUACAUGUGCGAGUCCAAUUCUUAAUUUGAAAUCAUUUCAAGCAUGAUAGCUUGGCCUGAAUAGAGUGUAUCUGUGAUAUUGAAAUUCAUGUGAGAUAAAUCCAUGUUACGUUUUGUGUGCAGUGUCCCUGAUUUGACUGGUAUUAUGCAACACCUAGAAAUCUCUAUUACUGAGACAGGCUAUCCCAUUGCGUGCUACUUGUCCAUGUCAGUAUGUGUGAAAGAUAGAUGUUGAGAUUGUGCUAUGUAUGCAAAAUGUGGUUCAAUUGUCCAUAACCAGUUUAAAUGAGUUUUCAAAAGAUACAUGGGUGAUGUACUGUAACUGUACUUUGAAGCUUUUCUAAUGGAGAUUUUGGGUUUUUCUUUACAUUGCAUUGAUGGACUUAUAAAUGUACUACUUUUUAUUCAGUACAUUCCAUAUACUAGCACACUGUAUUAUGUAACAAAUACAUAUAUCUAAAUGUCUCAUUUCAAUAUUUUAAUAAACUUAAUACACAACUG